UCCCUGUAUCGGUAAACAUCCUUCUAAUAAUGAGAUGACCCAACAAUGUCUUAAAGAAGAAACACAAUUCCCUUCUAGUACGUCUGCUGAGGACUAUUUUUGGGCCAUUAACUGCAAAGUAUAAUGCUGGCGAUAAGCAAUGUCCACAUGGGGAUCCUGCUGCUUUUCUGGGGGUGGAUUAUGUCUAUUGAAAGCAGAGGCCAGCAUCAGGUGACAUACACACCUGAAAUAUACAAACAGGGCAGUAGACCCCAUAGACAAAGAAGAGAGGUUCAGGAAGAAACACACAAGCAAGGCAGCCCUGUUUUUAAACGGAGCCCAGAUAUCACAAAAUCUCCUCUAACAAAAUCAGAACAGCUUCUCAGAAUAGAUGACCAUGACUUCACCAUGAGACCAGGCUUUGGAGGUCCAGCAAUUCCUGUUGGGGUGGAUGUGCAAGUUGAAAGCUUAGAUAGUAUUUCAGAGGUUGAUAUGGACUUUACUAUGACUCUGUACCUCAGGCAUUAUUGGAAAGAUGAGAGAUUAUCUUUUCCCAGCUCAAAUAAUCAAAGUAUGACCUUUGAUGGGCGAUUGGUUAAAAAAAUUUGGGUUCCCGACAUGUUUUUUGUCCAUUCCAAGAGAUCCUUUAUUCAUGAUACAACCACCGAUAACAUUAUGCUACGGGUGCAACCAGAUGGGAAAGUUCUGUACAGUCUAAGGGUUACAGUAACAGCGAUGUGCAAUAUGGACUUCAGUCGGUUUCCACUUGAUACACAAUCCUGCUCUUUAGAAAUUGAAAGCUAUGCCUACACAGAAGAUGACCUUAUGCUAUACUGGAAGAAUGGCAAUGAUUCCUUAAAAACGGAUGAAAGGAUUUCAUUAUCCCAAUUCCUUAUUCAAAAGUUUCACACCACUACAAGACUGGCUUUCUAUAGCAGCACAGGAUGGUACAAUCGUCUCUACAUUAACUUCACUCUACGGCGCCACAUCUUUUUCUUUCUGCUGCAAACAUAUUUUCCUGCUACACUGAUGGUCAUGCUAUCCUGGGUAUCCUUCUGGAUUGAUCGGAGAGCAGUUCCUGCACGAGUUCCAUUAGGUAUAACUACAGUUUUGACCAUGUCCACCAUCAUUACUGGAGUAAAUGCCUCCAUGCCAAGAGUUUCAUAUAUCAAAGCUGUGGACAUUUACCUCUGGGUUAGUUUUGUGUUUGUCUUCUUGUCGGUGUUGGAGUAUGCCGCUGUGAAUUAUCUGACCACGGUGCAGGAGAGGAAGGAAAGAAAACUCAGAGAGAAGAUACCUUGCACUUGUGGAGUUGCGCAGCCACGCUCAAUGAUGGACGGCAGUUAUAGCGAUGGCGAGGUAAACAACCUGGGACAUUUUGUGUCGGAAAAUGGAGAGAAGGAAGACAGAAUCAUGGUGCAACUGGCACUCAGCAAUGAAAGAAAUUCCAAUAGAAGAAAAAGCCAGCGUGCAUAUGUCAGCAUGCGCAUUGACACUCAUGCUAUUGACAAAUAUUCAAGAUCGAUAUUUCCAGCAGCGUACAUUCUUUUUAAUAUGAUAUACUGGUCCAUUUUCUCUUAGAAAAGAAUCACAAUACUAAAAGCAAGCUUGCCAAUAGACAAUUCCCCGAGACAUUGAGUGGACUGAUUUUUGAACAGAUGACACAUAAAUAUUGUUUUCUAUGACAUUUUUGAGAGUAAUAACCCUAAUUCACAUAACUUGCAUUUGUAAAGUAUGCUGUGUCUACAUGAUUUGCAAUUUAUUUAACUUUUCAGCAUUGUAUUCUUUUUUUUUUUUUUAAAUAUAAAUUAUAGUAGAAAACACAUUUUGAGCAUCAGAAACAUAUUGCUCUUUUUAAUGUGAUGCUCAAAGUAAGCACUAAUGUUUAGAGAUACUUAGGAUUAUAUUGUACAUUUUUUAUUUACCACUUCUGUAACAGAUAAGUCCAUUACUUUUGACUAAGUUCAUAAUUAUGAGAUACAGUCUAUGCCAUCUGUCAUAAUAAUAUUCUGCACUUAAAGCUCUUAUUACAUCAGAUAAUUGUCUUGUUAUAAUUUAGCAUGGGUCUGUAAAGCUGCGUAUGCUAAACAAUUGAAACAUUCUAUGCUGGCAUAGAGUCUUUAAAAAGGAAAACUGUGUCCACACUUAAAGGGACACUAUAGUCACCUAAACAACUUUAGCUUAAUGAAGUAGUUUUAGUGUAUAGAUCAUGCCUCUAAGGUUUCACUGCUCAUUUCACUGCCAUUUAGGAGUUAAAUCACUUUGUUUCUGUUAAUGCAGCCCUUGACACACCUCCCCUGACUCUGAUUGACACAGCCUGCAUGAAAAAAACUGGUUUCACUUUCAAUCUGAUGUAAUUUACAUUAAACAUAUUUUAUCUAUUGCUCUGUAAAUUGCACUUUAAUCACAUACAGCAGACUCUUGCAGGGUCUAGCAAGCUAUUAAUAUAGCAGGGGAUAAGAAAAUCUAAAUUAAACAGAACUUGCAAUAAAGGGAGGAUAAACAUUAGCUGUCAUGUCUCUUUACAGGAAGUGUUUAGGAAGGCUGUGCAAGUCACAUGCAGGGAGGUGUGACUAGGGUUCAUAAACAAAGUGAUUUAUCUCUUUGCCUAAAUGGCAGAUAAUUGAGCAUUGAGAGUGCAGGGCCAUGAUCUAUACAACAAAACUGGUUCAUUAAGCUAAAGUUGUUUUGAUGACUAUAGUGUCCCUUUAACCCCUUAAGGACCAAACUUCUGGAAUUAAAGGUAAUCAUGACAUGUCCCACAUGUCAUGUGUCCUUAAGGGGUUAAAGUAGUCUUUUCCUGAUCAAUUAACAAGACAGAGUUUACCAAUGAGUUGGCUCCUCCCCUCCCAGCAGAAGUGAUAAGUAACUCUGAAAUCAGUAUAAAUAGAGCU